AUGCGGUUCGGCAAGACGCUGCGGCAGGCCUUCUACGCGCCAUGGAAGGACAAGUACAUCGACUAUGGGAGGCUCAAGAGCAUCCUGCGCGAGGAUAAGCCCGAGGACGAAGAUGAGCCAUGGACCGAGGACGACGAGAACCGAUUCUGCGAUGAGAUCUUCAACACGCAGCUCGAGAAGGUCGCUCAGUUCCAGGAAGAGAAGAUGGCCGACCUGCGCCAGCGUGUCGACGCCGUCUUCGACAAGCUCAAGGAGCUCCCCCCCGCCGAGGAGGGCAAACCCCUUCCCGACUCCACGGCCGAGCGGCUCAGGGAGCUCGAGGCCGACCUCGACGGCAUCACCAACGAAGUCAAGGAGCUCCGCAAGUUCAGCAAUCUCAACUACACGGGCUUCCUCAAGAUUGUCAAGAAGCACGACCGCAAGCGUGGUGACAGAUACAAGAUCCGGCCCAUCAUGCAGGUCAGCCUGUCCAAGAGGCCCUUCAACUCGGAAAAGGGAUACGCCCCCUUGCUCAACAAGCUCUCUCUGAUGUACUUUGCCAUCCGCCAACAACUCGAGGGCGACGACGGCCACGCAGAGCAGUACCUCCUCGACCCCGACAGCCAGCCCGAGACGCACAACGGCGAAAAGUACACGGCCCACAAGUUCUGGGUCCAUCCCGACAAUCUUCUCGAGGUCAAGACGUACAUCCUGCGACGCCUCCCCACGCUGGUAUACAGCGAGCAGUCGGCGAAGGAAGUCGACGGCAACCCAGACCCGACCAUCACGUCGCUCUACUUCGACAACCCAAAGUUUGAGCUCUACUCGAAGAAGGUGGAACGCGAGUCGGACGCCCCGUCGCUGCGCAUCCGCUGGUACGGCCAGCUGGGCGACAAGCCCGACAUUUUCCUCGAGCAAAAGAUUGUGCACCCCAACGGGAGUAGUGAGGAGCGCAAGUUCUCGGUAAAGGAGAAGUACGUGAAGCCCUUCCUUGACGGCGAGUACAAGAUGGAGAAGUCGGUGCAGAAGAUGGAGCGCCAGGGUCGGGGCGCCGAGGACGUGGACGAGUUCCGGUCGACGGCCGACGCCAUCCAGGAGUUUGUGCGAGACAACAAGCUCGCGCCCGUCGUGCGGGCCAACUACGUGCGGACGGCGUUCCAGAAUCCCGUCGACGACCGCGUCCGCAUCUCCAUCGACACGGACAUUGCCUUUAUUCGCGAGGACACCCUGGACCGGGACAGGCCGUGCCGCGACCCCCGCGAGUGGCACCGACACGACAUCGACGAAAGCAACAUGACGUACCCCUUCAAGAACAUCAACCAGAGCGAGGUGUCGCGCUUCCCCUACGCCGUCCUCGAGAUCAAGCUCAAGGGGGACAGCAACAGGAAGCGGCCGACGUGGAUCCAGGAGCUGAUUGGGUCGCACCUGGUGUACCCGGCUCCGCGCUUCUCCAAGUUCCUGCACGGCGUGGCCUCGCUCUUUGAGGACUACGUGAACCAGCUGCCGUUUUGGCUCAGCGACCUGGGCACCGACAUCCGCAAAGACCCACAGGAAGCAUUCGAGGAGGAGGAGGGGCGGCGGGCCGAGCGGGCCGAGAACGAGCUGGCCGUGGGCAGCUUCCUCGGUACCCUCGGCACCAAGCUCAGCUCGUACAAGCCGUCGAAGAGCUCGCCAAUGAGCAAAUCGUACCUGGCGGAGCGGGCGGCGGCCGAUGCGGCGGCGGCGGCGGCGACGCCCCGGUCUGGGGGCUUCACGUUGCCGGCGGCAGCUGCAGACGAGGAGGGCGGCAGCAGCGGCCGCCAGGGGGCUGCCACAGGCGCAGGAGGAGCAGCGGAUGCGGACAGAGACUACGGGACGCUGUCGGGCAUCUUUCCUGGCUUCUCGCUGAGCAAGUACGCCCGGGCCAAGCGGGCGGCUCGCGAGGUAGUGCUGCCCGAGGGCGUAGUCGAGCCGACGGAGUGGAUUAAGAACUCGGGCCCGCUGCGCAUUGAGCCUAAGGUGUGGCUCGCCAACGAGCGCACGUUCCUUAAGUGGCAGCACAUCUGCGUGCUUCUGGGCACCCUCGCCAUCAGCCUAUACACGGCGGCGGGCAAGAACUCGCUCGCCGAGUUUAUGGGCAUCGGGUACAUCCUGGUGGCCGUCUUCGCCGGCUGCUGGAGCUACUACAUCCUCCACACGCGCCGCACCAUGAUUGUCCAGCGCAGCGGCAGGGACUUUGAUAAUAUUAUCGGCCCGCUCGUAAUUAGUGCCGCGCUGAUGGUCUCGUUGGUUUUGAACUUUGUGUUUGCCUACCGCGCGGCAUUUGCUCGGGAGGGAUUCGGCGAGCAGCUUGUCCAGCAGCAGGGCGGCAACAACACUCUCCCGAUCAUGGCACACGGCGACUUGUGGUGA